AUGAAUUCUGAAUGUCAACAACGUGUCCCACCUACUGCUUCAAAUAGACGACGUCAUGAAUUGGAUAUUGACCAUGAACGGGGACGAGGGCGUGGGCGAGGACGAUGUCAAGGUCAUGGUCAGGGUCGUGAUCCAGUUUUGGUAGAAUAUGAUAUCCCCAGUGCCAGUCAAAGCCGGAGCCGAAGCCAAAGACGAGUUCAAGGUUAUGAUAUGCCUGACAUUGCUGUGGAGGAUGCCUCUUUACCCGAUUCUCCUACUGUCCAGGAAGAGGACCUUACUCGUGCUUUUCCAAGUGGACCGACUGAUCCAUCAAUACUGCGGAGUUUCAAUAGUCAUGUCGCUGCAGCUGUUUGGCACGGGGAGUGGUCAGUAGACAACAACACCAGAUUCAAAGCCAUUAUUGAGCAGUCUGGGCUGUCACAGUUAGCUCGUUGCAUUUAUCGGUUCGUCAACAAGUUUCUAAUCUCCAGUUUUGUUAAGAGAUGGCAACCCGAGAUGAACACAUUUCACAUGACAGUUGGUGAGAUGACCUUGACCCUGGAUGAUGUUGGCACUAUUCUUGGCCUUCCCAUUGUAGGCAAAUCAGUCAGCUUACCAGAUGUGACAGAUCAUCAUGGAGUUAUACUACUGGUUUAUGGCUUGGGGAUUACUGAAUGUGUAGCACAUGAAGAUGUUUCUACUUCUAGUGGAAAUUCAGUCAGGCUUGAGUGGUUGCGAAGUCAGUUUGCUGGUGUCACAGAUUCAAACCCAGAUGAGGCUAUACAGUGCACUGCUAGAGCUUAUUUGUUGUUUCUGUUGGGAUGUACGUUCUUCAGUGACAAGAGUGGCGGCAAGGUUCCUGUUGUUUACCUUGGCUUAUUGAUGGAUUUGGGAUCCAUUCAUACUUACGCCUGGGGUGCUACUGCAUUAGCAUUUUUAUACAGACAGUUAGGGUAUGCUAGCCGGUCCAGUGUUAAGCAGAUGGGUGGUUACAUGACUCUUUUGGAGGCGUGGAUUUAUAAGCACUUCCAAGCAUUCUGA